AUUUUGAAAGGUGGUGCAUCGUGUUUCAGGUGGGACCAUGCUGUAGGCUGACUGAAGGGAGCAGUUCUAUGGGCUUCAGUGCGUUUGUUCGUACAUUUAUCUCGUCUUCGCAGGUUUGUGUUCAGCGCGCUGUGGGAGUCAGAGCUGCGUGUGAGGAGAUGAAGACCACGGUGCUGCGGUUACUCCAGCAGCCCCCAGCCGGCCCUCUGUCUCCGUCCGCCGGCAAACACGAUGGAUUACAUAUCCUGAACUCAACAGUAAAAGCUUUAAAGGAUGGACAGGUUGUGGCUGUUCCCACUGAUACAAUCUAUGGUCUGGCCUGCUUGGCCCAGAAUUCAGAAGCCAUCAAGAGGGUGUACAAUAUCAAAGGGAGAAAUGGAAAUAAGCCAUUGGCCAUUUGUGUGGGAGAAAUACAAGACAUAUAUAAGUAUUGCAAAGUAGUUGUAAAAGAAGAGCUUCUUGAAGAUCUCCUGCCUGGUCCGGUAACACUGGUCCUUGAAAGGUCUGAGAUGCUUAAUGCAGACCUUAAUCCAUUUACUAAGCUCGUAGGAGUUCGCAUCCCAGACCACCCCUUCAUGAGGCGCUUGUGUCAGGUGUGUGAUGAGCCCCUUGCUUUAACUAGCGCUAACGUUAGUACACAAGCAAGCACUGUGGCUGUUCAUGAGUUUGAAGACCUAUGGCCAAGCCUGUCUGUUGUAGUGGAUGGUGGCCCAAUUGGAGACCAAAGUCGACUUGGCUCAACAGUGGUAGACCUCUCAGUUCCUGGUAGAUAUCAAAUUAUUAGAUCUGGUUGUGCUUUUUCAGCAACAGUCGCAGCACUCGAGAACAAAUAUGGAUUAUUGGAGGAUUCUGGUAGUUAAUGAGUUUGUAGUUCACUGCUCCCCUCCAGCUAAAGCAUACAUCCACUAACUGUUUGACACGGCCAACUGGAUUCAAAUCGAUCAGACGGAAAAGACAAUAAUACGCAACUAUGUAUAUCUCAGGAAGCGGGGUUGUUCUCCAAAAUGAGAAUUCCUAUUUUUGGAUUUCAUCUGGCUCUGGGGCUGUCAGCGAAAUAUUUUUUCACCACUUACAGUAAAUUAUGAAGCUUGGGAGUUCUUUGCUUUACUGGAUGUCCAGAAAUGUUUUGGUUUUUCAUAUUCAUUAUAGAUUUUUUUUUUAUUUGAUCUGUAUUUAAUGCCAUUAUGUACUGUACUGUACUUCAUGGACUUACUAAGAAUGGACUUAAUGUUGGUAGUGCAAUUGUUGUUUUACUGUGUUGCACUAUGUUGCAUUGAGGACCAGGAAGAUUUUCUUUCGGAGGAAUACGCACAAAAGACAUUUAAAAUGGUUUGAAACUGUUGCAAAUUUUGUCAUUUUUUUAUUAGCUUUUUAUUUUAAUGAUUGUAUGUAAAUAAAGGAAAAAUAAAUGCUUAUUCUAUCUAC